AACUGCCGAUAGCCGGAAAUUGCGUCAAAGCACGACACACAUCAGGCUUUUGGUGGGAAUAUGAGUUCGCUUCCACGCACAUUUAACUUAGAAUGAAAAACAUGAAUAUGCUUUUUCUGAUAUUUAAUGUAAUGCCAGAGUAGGCGGCUAUGUGUGAAGUACAUAACAGUUGCAAAGGUUCAUGCGUAACAGUCCUCGAGGUGUGUUAAAAUCAUCAGGCUAAUCUGGAAAAGUCCACUCUGCCUAUUGUUUGCUAGCAUGCUAUCACGUUAGCCAACGGUCUGCCUGACGCUGACUAGCAACAAAAAUCAACAACAUGCCAGAAAUCAAACUCAAGCACGUCGUGUCUUGCAGCACCGAAGACACUACUUUCAAGGCAGACAACCUGCUGAGCUCUGACACCUACAGAAAGUGGAAAGCAGCAAGACCCGGGGAGAAGCAGACAUCAGUCAUUCUGCAGUUUGAGAAGGAGGAGCAGGUGCACAGCAUUGAUAUUGGAAAUGAAGGGUCAGCUUUCAUCGAGGUGUUGGUGGGGAACUCUUCAGCUGUCAAAGACCAGGACUAUGAGGUUCUUUUGGUUACGUCUUCCUUCAUGUCCCCCACGGAGAGCCGUAACAGCACCAACAUGAGCCGGGUGCGUUUCUUUGGACCCCACCAGCUGCAGAAGAGCACAGCACAGGAGAAGUGGGACAGAGUGAAAAUUGUGUGUAGCCAGCCAUACAGCAAGAACAUAGCAUACGGACUGGCCUUUGUUAAGUUUCAUUCACCGCCUGACAAAAAUGAUCCUCCUCCAACAACCCCUCCGAAACUGACGAAGUUGGGACAGUUCAGGGUGAAGGAUGAGUCUCCUUCAUCUGGGCCCAGCCUUCAGCCCGGCAGUCUCUUCUUCAAUCGGGACAAUGCAAACAAGUCCAAUACUUCACUUAAAGUGUCUCCUCAGAGUCAGAAGUUGAGUUAUGCUGCUGCUGCCCUGCAGGCUGGUGGCAGCUCCCACUCACCAGGCCAAGCUUCCACCUCCAGCUCUCCCUCACCUCAGCUACCAGCAAAAAGAAAGUUUGAGUUCAGCAAAGAGCGACAGUCUGCCUCUGGCCCUCCACCCUCGAAGAAAAUAAGCCCAGCUGGCUCACCUGAGGGCAAAGCUGCAACCCCCAAACACAAGCCAAGCCCAACUAGUACACCAAGCCCCAGCACCGCAAAAGCUUCCCCAGCACAGAAAUUUGCUAACAAGAAGCGGGAGAGCCAAUCCAAACCCGAACCUAAACCCAAACAACAGAAAGCUAAAUCCCAGAGCGCACAGCAGGUCCCAUUGAACCAGAUAAUGCAGGGGGUGGUGUUUGUCCUCAGCGGCUUCCAAAACCCCUUCAGAGGGGAGCUUAGGGAAAAGGCUCUGGACAUGGGAGCCAAAUACCGACCCGACUGGACACCUGACUCCACACACCUCAUCUGUGCCUUCGCUAACACCCCCAAGUACAGCCAGGUGAAAUCAGCAGGGGGCAUCAUCGUACGCAAGGAAUGGGUAAUGGACUGCCAUAAGAGGAAACAGAAGAUCUCCUAUAAACGGUAUUUGAUGGAUGGAGCAGAGUCGAGCUCGGAGAGCGAAAUGGAAGUGGAUGACCAGAGUGAAGAGGAAAUGAACACAAAGACUCCACAGAAGAGACAAGUGACCCCCAAAAAGACACCAGAAAAAAGGAAUGAAGAUGAUGAGUAUGCUUGCUCCACUGAUGUGGAUGAACCAGGAGGUGAUGAUGGUGAAUCUGCUGUGGAUACGGAGGACGAGCUGCAGAGGGUGGAGAAUGAGAGCAGAAAGAAGAAAGCAGCAGAAGGGAAGGUGGUGAAAGAGGAGGAUCCAUACGGGGGGUCGACAGAUGAAAACACAGACGCUGAAGCUGAAGAGGAUCACCCCAUUCCUGAGCUACCAGACUUUCUGAGCGGAAAGCACUUUUUCCUCUACGGUAAAUUCCCUAACAACGAGAGGCGCCUACUGUUGCGAUACAUUGUUGCCUUUAACGGAGUGAUUGAGGACUACAUGACAGAGAAGGUGCAGUUUGUGGUGACCAGUGAAGGGUGGCACGAGUCCUUUGAAGACGCGCUGAUGGAGAACAGCAAUCUGAACUUUGUCAAACCUGCAUGGAUUUACGCAAUCAAUGAACGACAAAAGAUGCUGCCCUAUCAACCCCACUCUGUCGUCCCCUGAAUGUACACACAAAGGUGUGCGCAGACGCACUCGCUUCAUAUUCUGACCAACAAGAAAUGGGGAAAGCCAAGAUACACAUUGACUUCUUUUUCAGAUUCACCAUGUCACUUACAUAAAAGCAAUAAACCGAUAAUAGUUCAUUAAUGCCUUUACAUUGACUUUAUACCUUUUGCUAUUCAUGAAAUGUCCCUCAGAUGUUUUCACCACAGAUGUUCUCACCUUUUUGCCAAGCUGGAAAAUGUCCAUUUAAAUGAUGUCUGUUGAGGUUAAUGUUAGCAUUAGGUUUAGAUUUAUUAUUACCUUUUUUAUUUUAGGUUUGUUAGUUCGAGCUUGGCUAGAAAGUAACAUCUUCUUCAUCCAUGUGCUGCUCAGUCACUUUGUCUUUAGGAACAAAGCACACGAUCACUGAUUGAGGACUUGUUUGAGUUUCUCAGUUCCUGUGCUGCAGUUUGCUGCUGAUCACCUUGUCUAAGGCUCUGUCUAGAAAUGAGUUAUCACCCUGUCCUGACUGCCAGCGGCACUGAUAAGACUCUGACUUGUGCAAGUGGGCAGACCAUUAUGAAACCAGCCCAAAGUCAGGCGAAAGGUGCCAGUUAUUUAAGGCUGCAGGCAACAAAUGCAAAAAAAAUCAGGACAACUACGUUUUAAUAUUAAAAUGAGUACUGGGGGACUGUUUGGUUUUCUCCUUUUUAUUUUGUUAAAUGGCAUGAGUGGUAAAGUGAUGGAUUUCUGUGUGUUGUUAGAGUUUGAUAAAUCUGAGUUUGUGAUUUGGUUUUAUUCAUGUUGGGGUAUAAAUAUUAUAAGAGAUGGACUGGCUCGACAGAUGUAAGGACGUAAAACGGACGUCAGUGUUUUGCGUCACUCAAGAUUUCCAAAAUAGUUCUUAAGACACAAGGACAUGUCGGGCUUACCGUCUGCUUUGGCUGCUUGCUUUUCAAAAGCAGCUUGUUGAAGUCUAUCCUAAACAUUUUUUUCUUAUAGUACUUAAUUACUAUGUCUAAAUAAAAAAUAGUUUUUUAAUUGAA